AUGGACAGCCGGACCUCCGAACAUCGUCGGCGCAGCAGCUCGAUCGCCAGCACGGCCGCCAAUCCAACAAAUCCCUCGCGCAAGCACCGGCGGUUACGGUCGAAAGACCUGCACGAGGUACAGGAGGACAAGGCAUCCGCGAAUGAAGGAGACGACUCUGGGGAAACAGGCAGUUCAGAUCUGGAGCUCGACGAGAUGCAUUCGGACGACGCCCUAGAGGACGACGAGGAGACUGGCUUGACUGGUGUCGAUCGGAAGGCGCGCAGUAAGCGGAAGAGGAGGAACACUAGGUUGGAUGAGCGGGUAGCAGUGGAGGGCAUAACAAAGGAAGAGAAGGAUAUCGCGAGACAGAGUCUGAUCAGGACGUCGCUUAUCAACGCGUUGUUGAUAGGCUUGUGGUAUCUAUUCUCAAUAUCGAUUUCGAUAUACAACAAAUGGAUGUUUACCCCUAAAGACGCCACCGAUGAAAAGAGCAAAUCCAUCUUCCCCUUUCCGCUGUUUACAACCUCCCUCCACAUGAUUGUACAAUUCAGCUUGGCAGCGCUCGUUCUAUAUCUCUUUCCCUCCUUCCGCCCACGACACGAUGCGCUUGAUCCGCAUGCACCUGGCUCCCCACAGCUCCGUCAGGAACCGAUCGACCCCAAGAAACCACUGAUGACCAGGUGGUUUUACCUGACUCGCAUCGGACCCUGCGGAGCAGCGACCGGGUUAGACAUCGGUCUGGGCAACAUGAGCCUGAAGUUUAUCUCCUUGACAUUUUUCACCAUGUGCAAGUCUUCAGUGCUAGGUUUCGUGCUGUUGUUCGCCUUCCUCUUCCGCCUCGAGAAGCCAUCCUGGAGACUUGGAGGUAUCAUUGCUACCAUGACGGUCGGCGUUGUUAUGAUGGUCGCUGGCGAGACAGCUUUCAACGCCGUCGGGUUCAUCCUGAUCAUGUCCUCAGCGCUCUCGUCAGGCUUCCGGUGGUCCCUGACGCAGAUCCUCUUACUCCGAAACCCGGCUACCUCAAACCCAUUCUCCUCCAUCUUCUUCCUCGCACCCAUCAUGUUCUUGAGUCUUAUUGUUAUCGCUAUACCCGUGGAAGGCUUUCACGAUCUCACCGAGGGGUUCGGAAAGCUCACUGAAGCCAAGGGAAACGUCCUUGGCGUCCUCAUCCUCCUCUUUCCCGGAACACUCGCCUUCCUCAUGACGUCGUCUGAGUUCGCCCUCCUCAAACGUACCAGCGUAGUCACCCUCAGCAUCUGCGGCAUAUUCAAGGAAGUCGUCACGAUCAGCGCGGCAAGCGUCGUCUUCAAAGACAAGCUGACUUCCAUCAAUCUCUCGGGCCUGGUUGUCACUAUCGGCAGCAUAGCGGCGUACAACUACAUGAAGAUCAAGAAGAUGCGGGACGUCGCUUUGAAGGAAGCGCACAUGGCGGUUGAAGACUAUGCGCCUGUGCUUUCCACAGACCCCGAUACUGAUGGCGCGUCUAGCGAUCCUGAUGCCCGUCGUUCGAGCACAGGCAGGCUCAUCAGGAACAGUCUGAGUAUACAGAGUCGGCUGGCGCCUGAAAGACCGCCCAUUGAUAGUCCUGCGCGGACGUCGCCUGUCAAGCGGCCGGAGGAUCUUGAUUGA